CCCCUGCAAGUACUGGACCUUAGUACUAAUUAAGGCACUGGGUCGGUCAGUACUUGGGCAGGCGGGAGACCCGGGCAACCAGCUGCAUCAUUAGCCUUCUUCGAUGGUGCUUGAACAAACAUCUCAUCGGCUACGCAACAACACAAGCCUUCGUGUCACGCUCCUCUCCCGCUACUACCCCACCCCCGUUCGAGUGCUACGGUCGCAGACUUCGUUUGAUAACAGCUUGUCUCACCCUCCCGCGUCCGCCGCCCACCAAUUGGGCCGUCUCCUCCUGCAUGCAGCCAUAAUCAGCGCCGCCCAGCAGCAUCCAGACUCCCAUCGCGACGCGACGGCUUGCUUGCUUCUUCCACCGUCGCAGCCAUGCACGCAACGAAACGAAAGUUCAACGCCCUCCUCCAGGGGCUCAACAGCCCACGGCCGUCAUCGACAUCGGAUGCCACCGCCUCUGGGACCAUGAGUGCCGACUCUCGACGCAGCGAGGCUGCCGCCACCGCUUCCCACGAUGCGCUCCUCCAGAAGCGCCGACGUCUGGGCUUUCCCGACUCGACCGCGCCGAGCGCCUACAAUCCCUCCCUCACAUCAUCGUUAUCCAACGCCCUACGGAGGUCUACCACGCAAUCCAGCGCCAAGUCGGUCAGAGACAAGGACGCGCUCGCCAAGUACGUGCCUGGUGAUAGGGAUGAGCUUCUGAGGCGGCUCGCCACCUUUCAGGAGCUCACUGACUGGACACCCAAGCCAGAACGGGUCAACGAGGUGGAAUGGGCGAAGCGUGGGUGGAUAUGUCAGGGCAAGGAGAGAGUUCGGUGCGUUCUGUGCCACAAGGAGCUCGUCGUCAAGCUCAACCGCAAAGAUGUGGACGGCAAAGAGGUCUCAGUUCUGGUGCCGUCAGAAAUUGAGGAGGCCUUAGUGGAGAAGUAUGCCGAGCUCAUCGUGAGCUCGCAUCAACAAGACUGCCUGUGGAGAAGGCGUGGCUGUGAUGAUUCUCUGCUGCGACUUUCCUUUUCAAACACCCAGUCGACUCUUUCGGCCUUACGAAACCGCUACGACGAGCUGUGCUCGCGAUCGUCAUUUCUCCCUUACGAAUUCAAUCUACGACUCCCAGAAGAAAUCAAUCUUGAUGGUGUGCUAGGGCAGCUUCCACCAGACUUUUUCGCCAACGUUAAAUCUCCCGAAGAGCCUUCCAAGCCUGUCAACCGAUCUGCUCUUGCCCUGGCGCUCAUGGGCUGGCAGGGGCUGUCGAAUGCCCGAAUAGGAGCCGUUCCCAACUCAGCUUCAUGUCACUCUUGUCUACGGCGACUAGGCUUGUGGAUGUUUAAAAGCAAGGAAGUGGAUGAAGAUGGCCAGGUCAUUGUGCCUGCGCCCAUGGACUUUCUGGAUCCCGUUCGAGAGCACCGCUUCUUCUGUCCCUGGAGCAACGCCAAGGCCCAGAGCCGGGGCGCGUCAUCAACAGAGAACACGCAAAAUACAGGUUGGAACAUGUUGCUACAGACCAUAAAGAACGACUCUGAGUUGCGGGAUGUGUACGAGGGCCGCUCGAAACGCUUUGGUCGGUUGAUCCACGACCACGAAGCGCCACCGUCUAUACCAGGUGGAGACGCAACUACGGCAACUCCUGCCACACCCGGGGAGCCAGUUAAUCCUGGGGCGCAUAACGCGCAGGAUGAGGAAGUGGAUGAGAAAGCCCGCUCGGCAAAGGACAAGGAACGUUGGGCGAGACUUAGAAAGGUAAAAAGCCUGUUCGAAACAAAGGGCGCUCGGAAGCUGCGCCGGCCGCUCAGCAGGCCGGGUACGUCACACUCGAACAAGUCUGGCGUAUGAGCGAGGACCGAGUGUGGAUGUGGCCGCAUGCUGUAGAUCGUCGAAAUGGCGUUGAGGUGUGUAUAGAGUGAUGUGCUGGCCAUGGCCUAUGUGGAAGAGACGUUGGUGGAAUUUUCCACUAUUACGAUUAAAUAGCGACAAUUCUAGAUUUACAGUAUUUCAACACGAGACAGUGACCC